UAGUGUUGAUUUGUUUAUGGGUUUGUUGAAAGAGUUUAGGAUUUGGCUUAUAUUUUAGUUGUUCAUGUAUCACCGGUGUGUUUGAGUUUUCGAUCCUUUUUGGAUUUAAUUUUCAGGGAAAUCUAUCUGUUCCGCCGGCUUCAAUGUUUCAACCUUAUAUUUUUCUAAUGUUAUCAAUGAAAUUUAGAUGGAAAAAACAACGUUCACACCCUUUAUUUAUAAAUAAAUAGAAAAACUAUAUUCAAAAUAACAUGUUUCACAAUCAUAGAUCGGCUCGUUGGGGGUUGCACUAAUAAUGAAUAUACAAUAGUAAUAUUUCAGAACUCUCUGAGCAGAGCAGCCAAAGGAUACUAGUUCACACCUUGGUUUUACUCUCUAUGCAAACUAAUCCGUGGUACUACAAUGUAAUUUAUUUUUGGUAAUAGUAAGUUCCAUAUUUCUUAUUACAUUUUACUAUUACCAAAAAGUCAAUCAUGCAUGUUGUAUUAUCAUAAGUACAUGUACCAUUCGGCCGCAUUCGUUGUAUGCUUCUGCCGUGCAUACAGUAUAACAUUUUACUAUAUAAUACGUACUUUUCUACAGUUUGACAUCAAAGGUAAAUUAUAGUACAACUAAGCUCCAUAAUUGAGAGAGCUCAUUUGACGUUACUCUUUUUGGUUAAGCCCAGUUUUCUUUCUUAAUUAAGAUAAACCUAAGGCGUUUGUUUUCAUUUUUAACCUAAUAGUGUGCUUUCAUGAAGAUGAUGGGCCACUUUCUAAUUUUGAAGUGCGAGUGUUGGAGACGCGCUAAUUUGGAGCCGUGGAUGACUCGGGUGAAAAUGGAGUGGUCGAAGGAAUCAUGACCGUAGGUUAAAUAUCACGUGAAGACACGUGGGGGAGUGAGCAUGUAGAUACAAAAUCAUCUUUUGGACCGACUUGGGAAGCAACGAGGGAAACAUCGAACAUCAUUCGGUGUACCAUGAAAACAACACAUAUCAUUGAGUUGGUUUUGUGACUCCCAAUAAAACAUAUGGUGUCAAUAACAAGACAGUUGCCUAUUGUUGAUUUCACAUCUUACUACAUUGUAUAACCAUCUAAUCUUCUCAAGAUUUUAGGGCUAGGCACUAGUUCAUUGCCAAGCUUUGACCAAGCAAUCAUAAGGGGUACAAAAAGAAGAAGAAAAAAGAAAAAUGUAAUACAUCUACUAUAAUUGAAACUAGUUCAGAUUAUACGUAUUAUACGUUUAGUAGUUAAACCCUUUUGCAAAUUGAGCCACGUCUAGAUUAUUCGUCUUCUUUGUUAACCAAAAUUUAAGCCGUAAGCCCAAUUUUAAGGCUCUAGCAUAAAUAUAUACAUAUCAUAAACAUAAUGUAAUGGAAUUUAUUUAAGGGGCUCAAUAAUUAUUGAUUGGAACGGCAGAGACUUGCAUGAACUGCGUUCAUGGGAAGGUCUACGUCUUCAAUUAUUGACCCACCCACAAAAACAUUUGUCGUCAACACGUCUGAUUAAUACUAAUUACGACCCAAAUGUGAUAACAUGUGUGUCAUUCCGAUCAGACUAGAACAUUAGUUUUACGACUUCUUAUGGACUAGGUAGAUAGAAUCAUGAAUGUAAUAUAUAUGGUUUAAUAUUCGCACAUGAAUUAACCGAAUGAAAAAGAAGCCUUAAUUAGUACUACAUAUUAUCGAAUUAUUUAUGUCAUAUUUAAAUUAGCUUGUAAGUAUAGUAUAACAAAAGCAACAAAUCUUUGAGAUCAUUUGAAUAGUAGAUGUAUAGUACGUUAAAUGUAUGAAUCAAAUCAAAUGUUAUGUCAAAUGGAAGUAUAUUGUCAUAAACAAACAAAUAAGAAGCACACUUUAAUUAAUAGAAAAAUCAAACCAAACGAUUAUAAUAUGUUUCUAAUAUUGUCGUGCCAUUAUAUAGAACGUGUGAUCUAUCAAUUUGAAUUGACCCGACCGUUAGUAGGCAAAUUAACAAAGAAAUGAUCUAAUUAAUAGAUUGUUUAUUGUAAUGCAAGUAUUCAACUAUGCAAGGUUCGUCAUAAUAGUAAUAGUACAAUAAACUACUAAUAGUUAUCUAUUAAUAAGUUUCAUAUCGUUGUUAUUGAUAAAGCCCCACCAUAUUCCAUUUCUAAUGGAUAAUUCAUGCAACGAAUUUAUCUACGUGAUUCCUUUUGGUUACGACUUGCACGUCACAACGUUUAUUGUUGUGUCAACUAUUCAUGUAGAUUUUAAAGUCAUAUAUAUAUAUUGUCAUUUUGUCAAUGUCAACAACAUAUACAAGUAACAAUCAUACGAUUAACAUUUUCAAUCAUUUUUUAUAAUUAUAUAUUUUCAGUCAUACUACUGCAAAUAUAAUCAUUUGUUCGUUAACACGUUACAAUUCAUGUUUGAGAAAAGAGUACUGUUAUAAGCAAAAAAAAAGAAGAAAAAAGAGUACUGUUAAAAAGAAAAAUAAAUCCCAAAUCUAUACACUAUAAAAAUUUAUCAAAUCUCGGUCGAAACUUACCAUGCAAUUAAAUAUAAUUCAAAUAAAUUUUAGCUAUAUGUAACUAUUUUUUUUUGUUAAUUAGGGAUACAAAAUCUAUGAAAGAAUUCUGACUAAUUAAUCUCCAAAAAGUACAAUCCACAGAUUACUUUUUUCUCGGAUAUUUAAAAAAGAUUUAAAAAAUGAUUUAUAUCAGCAUGACCACACAUGUUUAAUAUCGUAGGGUUAUUUCGAACUAGAGUCGUUUAACUCAUCAGAAUCCAUCUACUACGUACUAAACCACAUGUGUAGUUAAAUGUAACUAUUUUUGACAGUUAUGUAACUGGUUUUACAGCUGAUUAAAUACUUUGUGACUUUGUCGUCUAAUUCACAUAGAAUUUAUAAUCAUAAAACCUUAAUUAUAAUCUGAAUUGCAUUUGGCAAAAAAAAAUCUGAAUCGCAUCAUAUUUAAUUAUUUAUGAAAAUACUAAUAUUUAUUUUGAUUAUGUUUGUCAUAUAGUUGAUAUUAUGUUUUAUAUAUUUAGCUAAUCUCUUUAUGUGUUACUCCAAUUUUAUAAACAUUAUUAAACUUAAAAGUUAACAUACAUGUUUAAAUUUUUAACCUAAUUUUUAAAAUAAUUAACAAAAAGUUGAAUAGAAAAUUUGAAUUUAUUACUGUAAAUGUAUAUUUUAAACUUUUUUCUGCUGAUUUUACCUCAGUGAGCUAUUUGAUAUCAUAAAUCUAUGUUUUGAUAUUUUUUUUGUUAAUUGUUAUUUAAUAAACUUUUCACAAUAGUAACUAUCGUAUUAGUGAAAUUAAUCUACUCCUCUUUCUAGUUGUUUUCUACUUUUUUUUUGUCAAAGUUGUUUUCUACUUAAUAAAGUGUUUUUCUACUAUUCUUUGAAAUAUUUUACUAUUUCAAGAAUAUUUUAUCAAAUUGUAUUUACCCAUUAAUGUGCAGCAAGAUGGAGAAAAUAUAUCAGUUGGACUAUAUAUACACUUAAAAAAAUUAUCAACAGUAUAGCAGCGAAAAGGCACAGUGACGCCCAUAUCCUGAUAGGGGAGGGACGUGACAAUGAAACUCUGUUUCUAUUUCUACCCCCAGAGACUAAACUUAUGAAAUUUUCUUAUCAAAAACAUUGUUCAUCAGAGAGUCUCAAGACAGAAAGAAAGGAUUGAAAAAUAUAUAAAAAGAAAAAAAUGAGACUUGUAUUGUGAUGUGGAGGUGGAGCCCACAAGCCUUGAUCUCUCUUUUCAUUUUAGGUCUCAAUUCUUUGUUUGUUUAAUUUCGAAAUUUCACUUCUCCCAAUCUCUCUCUGUCUCUUCUCUUCUUCCUUCUUUUGUAACAAUUAUAAUAUUUCAAGAGCGAACAGAAGAACCAAAUCUCAAGACAGCGAGGGGAAAGAGUGAGACUUUGUGUUUUCUUUAUGUGAUUUGACAGUGCCCAUGUUUCUGUUUAUUGGAUAAGAACCCCCUAAAGACUUAACCUUUUCCUACACAUAUUAUCUUCUCUCUCGGUUGCUUCAAACACAAAACUGUGGAUUCUCUCAUUCUUCAUUCAAGUGGCUUCUGAAGUACCUGAGCUUUGGCUGAGUCUUGAACACAAAAAGCUCAAGAAGAUCUUCAGGACGUCGAGCUAUAUUAGGUUCGAUGGAUUGAUAGGGCAGCAGCAUUGAUGGGAUUUGAUAGACUAUCAAUAAAGGAAAAACAGUGGUUAUUAUUAUGGAUUCACGAGGUGACAGUUCCAGGUUCGGACAUCAUCAGUAUCCGACAAAGCCCUCCAGGAACAUGUCUUCAUCAUCCUCCGCAGCCUUCUUCUCAGCUAACCAAUCUCCCUUCUUCUCCCCAAGAUCUCCCAAACUCCCCCAAGAACACUCCGAAUCAACUCGCUCCGAUCCUCAACGCGACAGCUUCGAUCCCCUCACCUCCAGCUCCGACCUCGCGUUUCAGAAUCUCGAACCUUCGAGCAGCGUGAUCCCAAGAUUCCCCAGAGGAGGAGGGCAUGACUCGUCUUCCUACACUCAGACAUCUUCAGUCUCCGUCUCUUACAACAGGGUGAGAUGCUGCGACGUGUUCUUAGGCCUCCACGGUAACAAACCUUCUCUCCUUCGGUUCGCUGAUUGGUUAAGAGCCGAGUUAGAGUUCCAAGGGAUGAGCUGUUUCAUGUCGGACAGAGGAAAAUGCAGAAGCUCGCGUAAACAGCGAAUCAUCGAGAAAGCCAUGGACGGGGCCUCCUUCGGAGUCAUCGUCCUCACCAGAAAGUCUUUCAAAUCCCCUUACGCUAUCGAGGAGCUAAGAUUCUUCUCCGAGAAGAAGAACCUCGUCCCGGUCUUCUUCGAUCUUUCACAAGGAGAGUGCCUCGUCCGCGACAUAGUGGAGAAGAGAGGAGAGGUGUGGGAGAAGCACGGAGGCGAGGUUUGGGAGUGUUACGGAGGGAUUGAAAGAGAGUGGAGAGAAGCUGUUCACGGACUAUCACGCGUCGUUGAUGAUUGGAAGCUCGAAGCUCACGAAGGUAACUGGAGAGACUGUGUUUUCAGAGCGGUUACGUUGCUGGCGAUGAGGUUAGGGAGGAGGAGUAUCGUCGAGAGGUUGAGCAGAUGGCGCGAUAAAGCUGAAAAAGAAGAGUUUCCUUAUCCGAGGAACGAUGGUUUCGUCGGGAGGAGGAAGGAGUUAUCUGAGCUAGAGUUCGUUUUAUUCGGAGACGUUGGUAAAGACUCCGAGAGAGAUUACUUCGAGCUCAAGACAAGGAGGAAGAAUAAGAAUAAGAAGAAGAAGAAUGUGACGUUAGGGUGGAACAACAAGAAAGGGAAAGAGAAAGUCGUGUGGAAAGAGUCUGACAAAGAGAUCGAGAUCGAGUUAAGACGGAACAACACGAGAAGGAGGAAACGGUCGACCAAAAUCGCUUACGGGAAAGGCGUGGCGUGCGUCUCGGGCGAGUCCGGGAUCGGUAAAACCGAACUGCUUCUCGAGUUCGCUUACAGGCACCACCAGAGGUACAAGAUGGUGCUUUGGAUAGGCGGCGAGAGCCGGUACAUCAGGCAGAACUAUCUCAACCUCCACCACUACUUGGAGGUCGAUGUCGGCGUCGAGAAUUGUUCCGAUAAGACGCGGAUGAAGAGCUUUGAGGAGCAGGAAGACGCCGCGGUUUCGAGGAUCAGGAAGGAGAUGAUGAGGAACAUACCCUUCUUGGUUGUGAUCGAUAACUUGGAGAGCGAAAAAGACUGGUGGGACUCGAAGCUGGUGAUGGAUCUUCUUCCUAGGUUCGGGGGAGAGACGCAUAUUUUGAUAUCUACGCGUCUCUCCCGGGUUAUGAACAUGGAGCCGUUGAAGCUCUCUUACUUAUCCGGCGCUGAAGCUAUGGCCUUGAUGCAAGGGAACAGCGUUAAUAAAGACUAUCCUGUCCCCGAAAUGGACGCUUUGAGAGCUAUUGAGGAGAAGCUUGGGAGGUUAACGUUGGGAUUAGCUGUCGUGGGAGCGAUUUUGUCGGAGCUUCCUAUCAACCCUAGCAGGCUUUUGGAUACUAUAAACAGAAUGCCGUUGAGAGAGAUGUCUAGUGGUCGGGAUGGGAGCUUGUUGAGAAGAAGUGUGUUUCUGUUGCAGCUGUUUGAAGUGUGUUUUUCGAUCUUUGAUCACGCGGAUGGACCGAGGAGUUUGGCUACUAGGAUGGUCGUUGCGGGCGGGUGGUUAGCUCCAGGGGCUGUACCAGCUUCUUUGUUAGCUUUGGCUGCUUAUAAACUCCCUGAGAAACAUAAGGGUCCGAAGCGGCUGUGGAGGAGACUGCGACGGGCUAUAACUUGUGGUUUCGCGUCUUCUAAGUCCAAACGAUCAGGAGCUGAAGCUGCUUCUAUGUUGCUUAGGUUCAACAUUGCUAGAACCAGCAGUGUCAAGUUAGGGUUUAUACAGAUACACGAGCUGGUGAAGCUCUACGCGAGGAAUCGAGUAGUGGUGAAUGAGAAUGCUCCGGCUAUGGUUCGAGCCGUGAUAAGCCGCGGCUCGACGGUUGAAACAGCAGAGCAGAUGUGGGGGGUUUGCUUCUUGCUGUUCGGUUUCGGCAACGAAGCUCCAACCAUUCAGCUGAAGAUAACGGAGCUGCUGUUUCUUGUGAAGCAAGUAAUCUUGCCUCUAGCGAUUAGAACUUUCAUAACGUUUUCUCGUUGCAGCGCUGCGGUUGAGCUGCUUAGAGUCUGCACUAACGCACUCGAAGCGGCUGACCAAACGCUGGUGACGCCGGUGGAGAAGUGGCUGGAUAAGUCUCUUUGUUGGAGACCGGUUCAGACAAGCGCGCAGUUAAACCCUGUUCUGUGGGAAGAGCUUGCUCUGACUCGUGCCACUGUGUUAGAGACUAGAGCUAAGCUGAUGUUACGUGGGGGGCAGUUCGGUGUGGCUGAUGAUCUGAUUAGAAAAGCCAUCUUUAUAAGAACUUCGAUCUCAGGAGAGGAUCAUCCUGCGACUGUGUCGGCUCGAGAGACGUUGAGUAAGUUAACUAGACUCUUAUCCAAUGUUCAUCAGAUUCAGAACAGUUCGCCGUGAUAGAUAGAGGUUUCUUAGGGCUGUCCCUUGUUGUAAAAGUUAUAAAAGGUUAGAGUUUCUUGUUUUUGUCAUAAUUAUCAUUAUUUUUUUUAGCUAUAAGAGUUAGAUUUAUACAGAGGCUUUAGUAAUAAAGAAAACUAUUAUUAUGUAAGAAAAAAUUGUCAGAGAAUUCUUUUUA